GUUUCAGGUCAACAGAACGCCAGCCGGUCUUGCCAGCAAUGAAGAGCAAAGAAAUUGAGGCCAUUUUAAAGCCCAUGUACGAUGCAAUGGAAAGCACAUACGACGCCGGUGAUUUGGCAAAAGCUUUGAGCGAUUAUUUUCACAAUGAUGGUGUAGUGGUCAUCAAAGGCAUUGGAGCGCACUAUGGCAAGAAAAAGAUCAUAGAAAACUUCAGCAAAAUGGCGGAAGAGUGGGGGAAAGUAAAAUUUGAACGGAAAAACCAGACAUUCGACGGUUGCGAUUCCUGUUUAUACACAAAAUUCGAUGCCAUCGCGCAUUCAACGAAGAAAGGAAUACAGAAAGCCAUAAUCCUGCAAAUUUUUAAGAAAGAAGAUGACGCAAAAUGGAAACUGUAUCACGAGGAAAUCGAGAUUCUAAAGUAAAUGCUCAAAUGGGGAGCGCUAGACUUGAGAUGCUAUAUUGCAAGUGAUCUUUUUUUUCAUAACCGCGAAAGA